CUGCAAUUUAACACUGUCGAAUAUACACGUGCUGAAACUCAGCAGUCAAAAUGGAUGGAAAAGAUGCAGAUUUAAUGAAAUAUUUCUGGCGAUUAGCAGAGCCGGAUGAAAAUUGCACAGUGAAAAAUACAAGACUGCUAUUGAAAAAGUUGGAGGCCUCGCAAAAGGAUUAUGAUUCAGUGGGAAAGGAUUUGAAAUACACAUUGAGAAGACUUAUAAAGGGUGUUUCCUCCAACCGAAAGUGUGCACGCCAGGGAUUCUCCGUGGCUCUGUGUCAGAUCUUGCGGAAGUUUACUGUAAUCAGUACCGAGAAGGUACUAGCUUUAGUAACUAAACACCUUCAACUGUCAAAGAAGGAUGGCAAAGCUGAAACUGGGAGUAUCUUGCUUGGUAGAACAAUGGUGUACCUGGCUCUUAUACAGUCAGGGAGACUUGCUCAGGAUUCUACAGAAUGCAUUAAGACAGUAGUUAGUAAUCUACAGGACAUGAAGAGAAAGCGCUCCUAUCUCCAACAGAUCAGUAUUGGUGGAAUUGCCCAUCUCAUACCCCAGAUUGAUACGGAGAAGUUCCAGGAAGGAGUGCUGCCAUGUAUACAGAAAGAGCUGAUGCUUGGCUGGGAUAAGUGUACUCCAGAUGCCUUACUGCUCUUACUAGUGUGUCACAAACAUCACAAGAGUUUGAUUGGAAAAACAUUUCUGAAAGAGCAUUGGAGUCGACCCAAAAUAAUCACAGAAAAAAACUUUGAUAACAUAUGGCAGGUUGUGUUAAAAUCCUCUGAGACCUACCCUGUGAUACAUCCAGUGACCUCAGAGGUCCUAGAGCAUUUUGUGAAGUCUGAUGUGUCCGUAGCAGACUUCUGGUCUUGCAGUGUCAAUAUGCUAUUCUGUAGUAACCACACACGUUCUACUAACCUGGGACUCCAUAUCCUUGGCCAGAUAAUUCCACACAUAAAAACACCAGGGGAGGCUGAAUCUGUUUGGUGUCCGACAGUCCUAUCGGUACUGGUGCGACACAUAGACAAGAGGCUUAAUAAGGAUAAUCCAAUCCAUACAAUGGCCAGCCAGGUGACAAACAGUUUGAUAACAUAUCUCCAGCAAUGUGAGGAUGGUAAGAUACAACAUGCAGUGCUGACCAAGCUGUUUGAUCUGAAGGGUGAGAGAGUUAGCCAGGAGAUGUACAGAGUGAUCGACAGGAUAUCACUUAAUCUGACGUCAGAAGGAGCUGUAAGUUACGGAAAUUUCUUAAUGAAAUAUUUUGCGGACAACAUUGAAAGAAGGGAUAACCAGGAAGACCAGUGGUCGAGGAAGGUGAUAGUUCGUAUGAAGGAUGUCAUUUCUGAAGUGCGUAAUCUAGUAACGCUGAAAAGUACCUGUACAGACCACGACCGACAGUUACAUCUCCUACAAUUCCUGGCAGUUCACUCGUACUGGGUCGUCAGCAAACCUACCAAGAUAGUACACUGUACACGAACCAACAGAAGUAUAGACACUGUGAUGAGGAAACAUAUACAGGAUAAUUUCUUCAAAGCUCUCAACAGUCUCCUCAUGUACAAAACAGAAAAGUCAAAAUCUACCUCGGUUAUUGCUUACAUAAACACAACACAACGGCUGAUGCAGUAUAUGCAGACUUUGAUGCAAAGUGACAAUGCUGCUAUUUGCCUUGUUACAGAUCAUCAUAACAAAAUACCAAAGAAUUUGAAUGAUAAUUGGAACAAGGUGCUGGAAACUGUAGAAUCUGUUCAAACUAAGCACCUCACAGAUGAUUCUGACAAGAUGUCCACCAGCCAUGCCUUUCUAUUACUACUAUUCUACAACUUCACUCAGCUACUGGUCGACCCUGCUUCUGCCUCCAGUCAUUUAGAAGAUGUGUACGGAUGUCUGGAGAAUGCCUUCAAGUCAAAAAGAAAAUCAGUUUCUAAGAAAUCUCCUGAUGAGCCAGAUUGGAUAGAAGUGAUGACAGAGCUCCUGGUCAGUAUGAUGUCACAGGGGUCAGUGUUGGCCAGGACAACUGCCACAGACGUGUACAUGGCUUUAGCUGACCACAUAACUCCGGCCUCUGUGCAGCUUAUUAUUGACGUUCUAAUGGCAGAUGACAAAGAAGGAAAUGAUGACCUGGUAAGCUUUGAAAAUAAUGACCAGGAUGAUGUCAAUGAUGAGAUGGAUGGUGUUGAGGAAGGGGAUGGAGAGGAAGACGGGGAAUCUGAGGAGGAAGAAUCAGAGUCAAGUGAGUCGGAGGAGGAAGGAUUGGUGGACGAGGUGUUCCGUCUGAAGUUGAGGUCAGCAUUGGGACCCGCUGCUGAUGUGGAGGAAAGCGACUCUGAGGAUGACGAAGAUAUGAGUGACAGCCAAAUGUUUAAACUAGAUGGUAUGAUUGCUGCAGUCUUUAAAAAUAUGAGGCAAGCAAAAGCUAAAGAAUCCAAGGAUAACAAGAAACAGAUGCUGGCUUUCAAGAUACGGCUACUGGAUUUACUGAUAGUGCUAGCCAAGGAGAAGAUGUCGGCUGAUGUUGUCAUGGAACUGAAUCUGCCUUUACUUGAACUGAUGCUAAAUGGAGAGAAGAAGAAAGAAGAACGAGCACUCGGACAGCAUGCCCAGAAAUUGUCUCAGUUAAUGUACAGACAAGGAAAGGAGCUACUUCCUGUUAACCUUGACAAAGAGGCCUACACAGACCGUAUUAUGGACAUCAUACAUUUCUCCACACGACCCAUUUUGAGUCAGUCUCUUGUCAACUCGGUUUCGGAUGCCUGUCUACUUGUGAUCCGGUUAUUUAUGAACAUGAGCGCUGCUGAUGUGGGACCCUCACCUGUCAGGACUCGCUCACACAAGGGAUCCAAGAAAGAAAAGGCCAACGCCACAAAGACCAGACACGAGGAAGUAUUGGAGAUUAUCACUGACAACCUCAACAACUGUCUUCAUGGACGGUCAAUUAAGGACAAAACUGACAGAGACUUGCACUUGAAUCCAUCACUGUUCCUGAAUAUAUUCACAAAAUAUCCCGUCCUAUUCUGGGAUGUGACAAGUUCUCUGGUGGAGGUGUAUGAUGACAGCAGUGUCAAAGUUUACAAUAAGACACAGGCCAGUGCCAUGUUGGUGAACAUGCUCAAUAAAGAUGUGGUGGAAAAGUUAGGCGAGGAGGUGUGGACAGAGUUUGCCUCAUCAACAUUUGCCACACUUACAAAGGUCAUAUGUGGUACCACAAAGGACAACUAUUUUGAGAAACUGAUGCACAACAUAUUGCAAAUCCUCAUCAAGAUCUCCUCACUGGCAGGUCCAGCUCAGGUCAGUAUACAGGGACCAGAUCCAGCUUGGGUUGGUAUACACAGGCCAGGUCAGGCUUGGGUUGGUAUACAGGGGCCAGGUCCAUCUCAGUUCGGUGUACACAGGCCAGGUCAGGCUUGGGUUGGUAUACGCGGGUCAGGUCCAUCUCGGGUUGGUAUACAAGGGCCAGGUCCAGCUUGGGUCGGUAUACAAGGGCCAGGCUCAGCUUGGGUUGGUAUACACGGGCCAGGUCCAUCUCGGGUUGGUGUACACAGGCCAGGCUCAGCUUGGGUUGGUAUACACAGGCCAGGUCAGGCUCAGAAAUAG